UAGCGAUGGCAGCACGGCGAUGCGAGCAUUAUACGGCUGCCGAUUGAUCGAGCUUGGUGCGUCCACCCCCCAACGAGCGCGCAAUGUCUUCGUACGAGCUGCCCGCCAACGCCAGCGAGGACGUGCUUAGGCUCAAGAUAGACGAAGUGCAAGGCAACCUGCAGUCUCUGAACAUAUCCAACUGCAUCGUCGCGCACCCGGCAGGCCUCCUGUCACUGUUAUCCGGCCUUCGCAAUCUAGAGGCGCUGUCCUGCAUUGCGUGUCCCCUGAAGCCGAGCGAUCUUCUGGACCUACUGCUGAGUUCAUUGCAGAACGUGACUAGCCUCGAAUUCUCGCUAGUCGAGGCUGUGAACGACGCAGCGAAGGAAGUAAACAAGAUACGGGACGUGGUGGGCGUGCGCAACGAUGGUAAGGUGACCAACAUUCGAAGGAUCUACCUUGAGGUCGCGGGCCCUGAGAACCUGCACGUGAUGUUUGCCUUCAUACAGUACUGUCCGUACGUGACGAACAUUCAUUUGCACUUCGUGGAGUACGCUCGAUUACAAAUAGGCGUUUUGGUGUUCUUUCGCGCCACUAGGCUCCUGUCAGGUUUACGGGAGUUCGCGACAACUUGCGAGUCGCGGGCUACGAUGACGCCGGAUCCGUGGCCAGCCAACGCCCGGACCCGCCUCGAUAAUCACGCCAACGUGGUGUUCAGGAUGAACCCGUCGAGAUGGAACUACGUCAACCUCUACGACCUCGCCGUUUCGCUUGACCGUACGCUCCCGGCUGCACCCGUGGUGAUCGUCGCCUUCGCCAGUCCAGAUCUAGACAGGUGCUUUACCUACGCCGGCCCGGGACGCAAUUGGAGCUGUUUGAAAAGCAUGUGCCUUUUGUAUAUCUCCGACCACCUGGACGAUGCCUUCUAUCCGACCGUCCACGGUGCGCACGCGCCGGCCCUGCGCAAUUUCUUCGCCAGGCUUACGAAUAUCGUCGAGCUUAACGUAAGCUCGGUGCACUUCGACGACGACAUCGACUUCACGACGCUGCUCCGUGCGUCCGCUCUAAGUAGGCUGAGCGCCCUGUCCGUGCCGCCCUGCGGCUUGCGUCAAAGGGGCGCGGUGCACCGGCUGGCCAUCGGCCUCAGGGACAUCCAGGAUCUGGACAUUCGCCUAAAGUGCGAGGGGCGCCACACCAGGUGCUACCACUGCAGCGGCGAACUGUCAGUCGACCCCGAGGACGCGAGCCUGUUUUGCGCCAGCUCCAGCCGUCUCACUCUGAGCGACGUGCCGAACCUGGCGUCCUUGACGUUCCUCGAGAGCUGCCCGGUGGCUCACCUGCGGUUCAUCGACAUAUCUGACGAACCUCGUUACGACUUCGGGGCGCUGUCGAGGGCUGUACGCAACAGCAGGACCCUGCGGUCCCUCGUCGUCAAGCUGUCCCACAUCGAUUUCAACAGCGAAUCCUUCGAGAGCUCGCUGUCCCCUGCGGAGGCUCUGGAACGCCUGUGCAUCCUGUCCAAGACAAAGCUAAGGUCGCGGAAAGCGCAGCGGAUAGUCAAAGCAAUGGCCUGCCAUAUUCCAUCCAUCUUCUACUUGCACAUCCACUACGUGAACAUUGAAACGAACAAGGAGACCAACGCGACGUGGAUUCGCCUGCCGGAAGGCGAUACUGGGGGCCAGUCUUUUCGAGGAAAGCCCUGCAUCAUGUGCUCCACGCAGACGUUCAUCGCGCUCAUAAAGCCACGUUGCCGGGAACUCUAGACCAAACUGCAGGCGACAAGAUCUCGCAUUUGGCCAACGCGAGCACAAACUCGCUUGUUCAGGCAUUUCGUUCAACCCUGCGAAGUGUAACGGCUGCCGAACUGAAGUUGACUCU